AUGGCGGCCAUGAAGGAAGACUUGAAGUUGCUUCUACGACGCAGCGGCGUCCAUGAUGAUGUCUGUGCCUGGCUGGCUGCAUCGCCGCAGGACUGCCAUGAGAUGAAAAUUUUCGCCAACAUCGUCGACGACGGCAUCGCAGAGCACGCUUUGGACGAGCCGUUAGACGCAGAGACCCGCCGGUCGAAGUACACCGUGUUGUGGACAGCCGUCCAGGAGUCCAUGUUCGCGGUGCUUCGACGCCCAGCGCUUCCAACCAAGCAGGCCGACGAGCCGUUAGCAGAGACCCGCCGGUCGAAGUACACCGUGUUGUGGACACUGAGGGAGUCCAUGUUCGCGGUGCUUCGACGCCCAGCGCUCCCAACCAAGCAAGAAGCAUCGAGAUUUUUUUCCCACCUGCAGGAUGAUGUUUCCGUUCUGGAGGACACUUCCAAGCUGGGAACUUACUUUGCCAGUUCCGGACACUUGGAACCGGUUGGGCAGUUGCCGGGUGCUACGAUGUCUCUUACGAUGGCAAGCAGGUUAAGCUGUCACUGGCAGGACGUCUGUACAUACAUCGGCCAUUUGGAAGGAAAAGCAUGGAGCGCAAUCGAAUCGUUGCCCGAAGAAUUGGUGCUUUCCUACAUCCUGCAGACGGAGGAAAAGAUCCGUGCUACAGCGGUUGAGCGAUGCCAAAAUGAAGGCAUGCCGUGGGGCCGUGCUCUUCUUCACGCCUGGAAGGAGGAUUCCCAGCUGUGGCCAGAUGCCAAAGAUGAAUGGUUGAACCGUCGCCCUCCGGCUCGCAAGCUGGGGGCCGGCCUGCAGUAUGCCGCCACUUUGGCAGAAGCAUUGCAGGUCACGUUGCAACAGCAGCUCCAGCACCAGUUCCAAGAGAGGAGAAAGGCGCUUCAGCCGUUAGAGCAACGGCCAGAGAGUCGUAGGAGAUUCUGGAGCGCCGUCUGGGGAGCGCAGACAGAGAUGGGCAGGCAGCAACAGCAGGCCGCCCUUGACAAAUUCGCGGCAGCGGCAAAACAGCAACAAGCCCAGUUCAAGCCCAUCAGUUCGGCGCAAGUCAAGGAGACGCUGAAGCACAUGGGCAACAAAGCACCAGGUGCGGACGCCUGGACAGUUGCUGAUUUGCGCUCGUUGCCGGACGACUCGUCUUCUUCCUCCGGAAAGCGGAACAGGAGCUGGAGUGGCCGGAAGCACAGAGACAGGUCCUUGUAG